AUGCAUUAUAUCCCUGGACCGCAGGAGAACAUCACAGCUUCCACCACCGGUUCGGCAUGGUUUGGUGGCGAUGUGGCUCGCACAACACAUGUCACCAGCCGGUCGCUAGAUCGAUUUUUGUCUGUCGCUCAUUGUCGACGUGCUGACAACAGAGAUAUCUGUCCGUUCUGUCCCACCUCCACGUCGCCGUCGAUGGCGCCACAUUUUGUCAUCGGUCACGUCUACAGGAGAACUGCUGCAGCAAAAUCAAUAGUGGUAAAACUCCAAAAAAAUCCAUAA